AUGAAACAAAUUUUGCUUUGCUGUAUUUUCAUUGCAAUUCUUUGCACGCUAACAUUGGCAAGACCAAAUUAUGAUAAUGAUGAUUUUGAUGUUGAGCAUGAUAUGGCAGUCGAAUUUUUAAAACGAACAGUUUUUCAUCCAGGAAAAACUAAAUGUGAAGAACAAAAACGAGAAGCAUCUGAAAAAUAUGAAGAACGUUGUGAACCAAGUGUUAAUAAAUUAACUGGAUCACGUUAUUGUCCCGAUAUCAAAACAUGGAAUGCAUUCAAAAACUAUGAAGUGGGCGGUGGUUAUGGUCGUUAA